AUAAAAAGUUGCCGCGGAACAAAAUAAGCCGUCUUCCCUUUUCCGUUUCUCAAUGAAUCACAAAUUCCGGGUUCUACAACUUCUCAACUCUGCCCCGUUCUGCACUCCAUGGAAGAGAGGUAUCCGUCUCGAUCACGAAGGGCCGCCAAGGCCUGUACUUUUUGCCGGCAGAGAAAAUUGCGCUGUGACGAAAAGCUUACACGUUCCAAUUGCGAGGGAUAUGGAAAAAACUGCAUGUAUUUGGCAGAUCCCCCACGCCCCAGCCCGGGUCGCUCGUCUACUGGCGGAAAAUGAACAGCUUCGCGAGCGACUCCGGCACAGCCUUGCUGACUCUUCGUCUGUACAGGAUGUACACCAUGUGCCUCAUCAAGAGACACCGGUGCACGAACCGCCGAGCAGCGGAAAACACGGCAACUUCCAGUCGGUUGUGUCUGGUAUCUUUAUAUCCGCCAAUGGAGAUUCCAGAUAUCAUGGACUUACGAGUACUCUGUUUGACGAUUCGCGGAUCUGCAGGCAGGACCAUGGUUAGUUCUCGGAUGCCUUGGUGCUCGUGGAGCUUAUCCGCAAAUAGCUUAUGGGGGAGGCUGCCUAUCAACGGUAGAUGGAGACGUUAAACUUUCAGCAGAAGAAGUUCGACUUUGACGGGGUAGAUCCGGAGCUGGGGAUGCAUCUGCUGUCACUGCAUUGGAACCGGCAGCACCAUGCUUUCCUAAUCAUCUAUCAUCUGGCUUUUAUGCGAGACAUGGCUAGUUACUUCCCACGGAUGCGCGACCGG